AUGGCCGCCCUGGUCCUUGUCGGCCUGUUGGGCUCCCGCUGGCCUCGGCUGGCCGCUGGCCUCCGGCUGCUCCCGCUCCUGGGGCUGCUGCAGCUGCUGGCCGAGCCCGGCCUGGGCCGCGUCCACCACCUGGCGCUCAGGGAUGAUGUGAGGCAUAAGGUUCAUCUGAACACCUUUGGAUUCUUCAAGGACGGGUACAUGGUGGUUAAUGUCAGUAGCCUGUCAGUGAACAAGCCUGAAGGAGCCACAGACAAAGACCCAAUUAUUGGAUUCAGCCUGGACCGUACAAAGAAUGAUGGAUUUUCUUCUUACCUGGAUGAAGAUAUGCACUACUGUAUUUUAAGGAAACAGGUUGUCUCUGUCACCGUUCUAAUCCUAAACAUCCCCGGAAGUGAAGUGACAGUAAGAUCUCCACCAGAAGCCGGUACCCAGUUACCAAAGAUCAUCUUUGGCAAGGGUGAGAAAGUCCUUGGUCAGAGCCAGGAGCCUGGUGUUCACCCUGUCUCAGCAGGCAACCAGACUCAGAAAAAACAAGACAGUGGAAAGUCUAAAAGAAGUACAGUGGAUUCAAAGGUAACAGGAGAGAAAUCCUUUUCUAUUCAUAAUAACAAUGGAGCAGUUUCAUUUCAGUUUUUCUUUAACAUCAGCACUGAUGACCAAGAAGGCCUCUACAGUCUUUAUUUUCAUAAAUGCCUUGGAAAAGAAACUCAGACUACUGACAAGUUUUCCUUCAGCCUUGAUAUUGAGAUCACAGAGAAGAAUCCUGACAGCUACCUCUCAGCAGGAGAAAUUCCUCUCCCUAAAUUAUACAUUUCUAUGGCCUUUUUCUUUUUCCUUUCUGGGACCGUCUGGAUUCACAUCCUUCGAAAACGACGGAAUGACGUGUUUAAAAUUCACUGGUUGAUGGCGGCCCUUCCUUUCACCAAAUCUCUUUCCUUGGUGUUCCAUGCAAUCGACUAUCACUACAUCUCCUCCCAGGGCUUUCCCAUCGAAGGCUGGGCCGUGGUGUACUACAUCACUCACCUUUUGAAAGGGGCGCUUCUGUUCAUCACCAUCGCGCUCAUUGGCACCGGCUGGGCUUUCAUUAAGCACAUCCUUUCCGAUAAAGACAAAAAGAUCUUCAUGAUUGUCAUCCCACUCCAGGUCCUGGCAAAUGUGGCCUACAUCAUCAUAGAGUCCACUGAGGAGGGGACGACUGAGUAUGGCUUGUGGAAGGAUUCUCUGUUUCUGGUUGACCUGCUGUGCUGUGGAGCCAUCCUCUUCCCAGUGGUGUGGUCAAUCAGGCAUUUACAAGAAGCAUCAGCAACAGAUGGAAAAGGCACUGGAUCCCCUUCUCCCUCUGGAAAACCCUCUGGGAUACAUUCUUUUCAGAAAAGUGACAGCUGGGACCUCUUCAGCAGAGAGCAGAUAUGGAAACAGGAAGUCACGCAAGCACACCAGAGCUCUCAUUCACCACUCUCAGGGUGACGUUCUGUGAAGAAAGCACCCAUUUCUCAUCAGCAAAUAUAACAAACCCUUUGAAAGGGGGACAGAGUAGAUUAGAAUGGGGAUGUUUUCUUCGUUCACGUUCUUGCACUGAAUUGAUUCAGGCUGUGGGAUGCUCUUGAGCUGAUCCGCAAGUGCGUAUUUCACUCUGUUCUUUGAGAAAUGGUCAUGCUUGUGACACUUCCAGAGUCAGGGCAGCCAUGUUCCCAUGGCUGAAGUCUCCCCUGCAGAGAACUCUCAGGAACAGCAUGCUGUGCUGGCAAGCCAGCCUCGGGUGUGACUGCAGAGUGGCUGUGCCCUGCACGUCCAUUCCAGGACAGCAGCGAGGCAGCACAGGGAAGCUGGAGUGAGCACACAGCUGACCUCCUGCUGGCACUGGUUCCGGGAUAUUGUGGUUGACCCUCCAUGCUCCUCAGGCCCGUGCCACCCCCCCACCCCAAGAUCUAGCCCAUCCUAGAGGCAACUGAGAAAGUAAAGGCCGUGGGCAAUAGUGUCUCCUAAAUAAUGUCUCCUACUGGAUUUGGAAGCAUUUUGCUGGAUGGAGCCUGACAUUCUGGUGCCUGUUCUUAGGCUCAUUAUUCCACUGACUCAUUGCACGACCCUAACAGUGACUUGGGCUUAAGAAUCUCAGUUUCUAAGUGCAGUCCAGGCUGACUAAUUGCGGUGGGGGGGGGCGGCGGGGGGAGUGCUGUUUGCCGUUGUUCUCCCCGCAUUUGGGAUUGCAUCUAGCUUUCAGAAAGGGUUCGUUUGGAUUUUGUUUGCUUCUUUGUAUCUGGGUCCCUCCUGACUGAACGGGGGGAAGUAUCAAGGAGAACAUUAUGGAUGAAGCUGCCCGCUGUCCUCAAGCUGUGUCUGCAUCUCUUCUGUCACACGCUGUGGCUUCCCCCCACUCCUCUGUCGUUUAGAGUCACCGCUGCGCCGUCCUCCGACAGGAGCUUAACUGAGUCUCGCGCAGACACACCUCGCUCUGGUUCCCCCGGCUUUCACCUGCCAGGAUUCCUGUUCUUGCCCUUGAGCCUGCGCCCGUCUCCUUCUCGUGCUCCAGCGGCGUUACCUUAGAGGACGGGCUGGGGGCUGCACACCAUACAUUUAGUUAACGGGCUCUGCUUCUGAUCAUCCUUUUUUUUUUUUCCUUGUGUUUCUGAAGAAAAUUCAGAGGAAGUAUUCUGAGGAAUCUUACCUUUCAGGUGAGCUUCAAAAGCAUUUACACAAGGGGUGAUGGGCCAGUUGCAGGGUUUCUGGAGGAAUGGCUUCAUUCUGAGCUGCUGCCGUGUUCUGAAAGCAGCUUGGCCUGGAGAAGUAUUUGUCAGGGCGGCAGUCCUCGCGAGGGUCCUCGGGGUCAGAAUUAUUUUCGUAAUAAGAUGUUAUCAGCCUUUUUCACUGUUGACAUUUGCACUGAUGGUGCAAAAGCAGAGGUGGGUCAAACAGCUGGCCUUGCACAAGUCAAGGCCAUGGCACCAGCCUGGAUUUAGUGGCCCUUGCGUUCUUCAUUGCCACCCACUUGCAGGGGGCGAAAAAGGCUCGUUUCACUUGAGUGGCCUUGAUGAAAUAGUGAAAACUAUUACUGUUAUUAAUCUCAACCCUUGAGUAUAGGUCUCUAACCUGCUGUGUGAUGAAAUGGGAAGUAUGCCUGAGGCGCGUCUGCCGUGUACUGGAGUACGACGGUUGUCUGGGGAAAGGCACAUGUGCAGCCGCUUCAGUUGUAAGCUGAACUAGCCACUUUUCUCUCAGGACACCAUUUUUAUUUGAAAGAACAAUGACAGUCAAACUGUUGUUCCCGAAGCUUGGGUUUUGGGCAGACAUUUUCUUGAAAAUGAGCCAAGGAAACACGUCACUUGAGGAAAGCAACUAGGAAUAUUUGUUGCCACUGAUGUCAUUUUCACUUGAAAGCACAAAUUUUAAUUUAGGAAAACUCAUAUCCACCACGGCAAGCUUGACAGCUUCCUAGUUCUUAAAAGAUUUCUAAUGUGAGCAGGGGUGACUUUUAGAAAAUAUUUUAUGAUAAAAAGUUUCAGUGUGUUGGAGAUGUGCAUAACUCAGUGAAACAGUAUUUCCCACGUGGUCAGCGCGUGUGACACAGUCAUGCGUGAAUAAAAGAUCCAAAGUGCAAGAUGGAGCAGGGGACUUGAGGGCGACAGAGUGUGGAAGUUCGUUGAUACAGUUUCAGAUUCCCUACCUGAGUGGUCUUUAAGAAGCUACCACUUGUCAAGUUUUACUGUAGAAUCAAGAAGACUGUUCAGUUAUCUGAACAGGCCUACAUGUGUGUAAGGCUGUAUUUUCUUCGUGUACUUCGUCCAAAACACUCCUUUACAACAGAUUGACUGCAGAAGCAAAUAUGAGAAUCCAGCUGUGUUGUAUUAAGCCAGACAUUAAAGAGAUUUACAAAAAUGGAAAACAGUUCCACUCUUCUCAUGAAAUUUUUUUGAAAGAGUUAUUUUUUAUAAGAAAGAUAUUAUUAACGUGUAAUGGAUUUAUUUUUGUCACUUUUAAAUGAAUUAUUAAAUAUUUUGGAAAUUUGUUUCAGUUUCUAAUGUGGUCAACAUUGAUAGAUUUUACCCACAUAAACAUCAGCUCUUUGGGAUCCUCAGUAACUGGUAAGUGUGAAGGGGUCCUGAGACUGAACGUCGGAGAACCGUGUGUUAGGGAUGAGACUUCUUGAGUCUUGUGAUCAGACAGCCAUGGAAGGGAGUGAAAGACUGCCUGGUUCUUUUUUCCUGUGCCUAUUGAGCUCAUUUCAGACUGUCUUGGCCAGAUUCUUGUGACUAUUUGAGUCCAUUAGUUCUGGGCAACUGAUGCCAAAAAAAAUAUGGUUUGUUUGGGUGUGUUCAUGUAAACAGACCUAAUGAAAAACCUACUGAUGAGAAGGGAAGAGAAAUACCUCUGCCUGUUUUUGUAAAUAAAGUUUUAUUGGAACACAGCCAUGCCCAUUUGUGUACGUGUUUGUCUGUGGCUGCUUUUGUGCUACCGUGGCAGAGUUGACUAGUUGUGGCAGAGGUCAUCCAGCCCACAAGGCCGAAAACAUUUGCUCUCCAGCCCUUUACAGAAAAAGUUUGCCAACUCCUGGCUGUUAUAGACAUUUAAGAGAUACCAUGUUUAAAACCAUAUCUAUAAUGUAGUGAUGCUGACUGCUGACUGUUCGCUCUAUACUGAGCACUUGGAAAACUAUAAAGCUCACAUAGGUGUAAGAAAUUACUGCUUCUAGGUAUUUACUGAGCUCCCACGGAGUGUCCAGCACUGUGCUCCUUGUUAUUUGAUUGGGACAGGAGCUUUUGCAUCCUUAUCUGCUCUGAUAUUUUCCCUAACCUGUUGCUCUAAUAGGAAUGUGUGCUUUUCUUGAACUGACAGGAUGGCUUUAACACAAGUUACCCUCAGUAUACCAACAGAGCUUUGGAUUACAUGUUUCCACCCGAGCUGGUGUUUACAAGCACUCUCUUCUCUGACUCCUUGACUCAGUUCCUGGUUAUAAUUAUAGGUUUGCCUAGCCUUUAUUUUCACUUUCUAAGUAGAAACGAAGGUAACCCCAGAUGCACUGAUGCUCUAGGCAGUGAGGAUUAUUAUUGGAUUCAAUUUGGAGAUUCCAGGUCAAAAGUCUUAGGGGGACGAAGGAGGUCAGGACAAAGAGGGGAGCCCCCAGUUGUGCAUUUUGCUGUGAGUCCACCUCCCCAGCAUGUGGGGAGGGCUCUGGGACUGGGUGCAUCCCGGGCGAGGGUGAUUUCCUCUAGAAUUGCAGUAUACUAUUGUCUGCACUGCUGCUGAGGGUGGUCCUUUGGGAUCCCACCCUCUGGAGCACUGUUUCAUGAUAAUGGGAGAGAAGAGGCAGAGGAAAUGAGAUUCCCUCUAUCUGGUCACUCAGGAAAUGUUCAUCCUUCCUUUUGUCCCCAUGUGGCUAGAGCGUACGUUUGUAAAUCCAGUCCUGCCCCUGAAGUCUAGAGCUGCGCCAUGAGAGCGCUAUAAGCAGGCUUCUGCUCCAGAAAGGGGGAAUGUUGGCAGGCAGAGAACACUUUCUCUCCGGGCGAUGUGAUGCAAGUACAUAUAAAAUUCCUACCUCUCUUACGGCAUGAGGUAUGGUGGCAUCUGUCAAGCCCUCAGAGGAUUCUGUCCUGCGCUCAGGGCCAUCUCACGUAAGUGUGCAGCCGACCCUGUAAUUCACAUGUUUUUCAGGUGGCGUCCAUGAAUGCAUUACACGGAGGUGGGGGAGCCAGAAACUGUAGGUUUUGUGCAUGCAUGCAUUUACUUGGGCAGAGGGUUCGUGGCUUUCAGCAAAUUUUGAAAGGAGUCUGUGACCCUAGAGAGGCUAAAAACCACAGCUAAAUAGACUAUUAGGAAGAGAGAAUGAGAGAGAAAAAGUAUAUUUUAUUAGACUGGCUUAAUACAAUGAUUUUUAAUUUCUUUUAUUCACCAAAAACCUAUCUUCAUUACUUUCCUCAGCAGGUCACCCAACAUUCCUUUAACGUCAUCAACCUAAUCACAGCUUCUGAUCAACAUUUUGAAAUAUAUAUUUUGAGUUAAUAUAAUGUACAACCAGAAGCAAAGAGGCCUCUCAUAUCCCCAGACUGAGAAGCAGCCUUAUCACAUUGCCAAUUUUUUAUUAGGCCUUUAAAAUAGUGGGACCCUAAUUACGUUGGAGCCCUCAGCCACCCAGUGGGCCUGGUUAACGAUCUGGGUUGGCGUGGCCUCCCCGGUUCUGGGCGUGGUUCUUCUGCCUAGUGGUGUUAGCCUGCAUUUGAUUUCUGCAAUUCUUGAGACACAGUUGAAACCCGCUCUUCUUGGUUGGUUACUGCCGUAUUCAGGGAGGUCAGGUUCUCUUAUUGAGAAGGUGUUGUCUGCUAUUGACCAGGCUGUGUCAUCAGGCAACGGGCCGUCUGACCGUCUUCCUUGCCCAGCUCGUUGCCGACCGUGGGUCUGUGCCGUGGGCAGCAGGGGAGCCGUGUGCUCCUCAGCUCUGCCUCAGCUGUGGUGUCUGGCUGACACAGCUGCCAGCACUGCGGCUGCACACUGCGGGCCGGCUGAGACGGGAGGGGCUGA